UGUGGUCGGUGCACAGGCUGCAGAAAGGGGAAGAGUUAUUGAAGAAUAUUUAAUGAGAAAAAGGCAAGCAGCUGUUAAUAAAGCUAGGGGUGAUGCACAGAUGGGAUGGAUAUCACCAGCUCCAGUAGCGUCCCCAUCUGGUCAACCACCAAUGAAAAGGGAAAAUCUUGGUGGAGACUGCCCAGCUGCAUUAGGUGGCAGAGACGUUGCAGAACGUGAGUACCUGUCCAGACUAAGAGCUAUUAGAUUGAAUAAUUUCAAUGAGAGGCGACAAAUUGAGGAAAGGAAAGCCAGACAGGGUGUGAAUGUUAGGAGAAGUAUAGAAGGUGCACCUCAAGACAAUGCUGAUGUAAGAAAGAAGAAGAUAGAAGCACUACGGGCGCAGGCAGAUGACAGGGCUGCGAGACUGAAAGAAGAUUUGGAGCGACAAAGAAGGGAAGCCUACGAAAAAGAGAAGAAAUCAUGGGAGGAUCAUCUGGCUAAGAAAGGCUUCAAGCAACAUGGUCCUAAGGUUGAAAAACCAAAAGUCUUUGAGAAACCACAGGCAGCUGAAAGAAGACCUGUUCCCAGAGCACCAAUUCGGACACCAGCUGUACCAGUUGUGCCAAUGACUGCAGCAUUCAAAGAAGCUGGAAUUCAACUACCAGGGGUUGCUGAUGAGAAACCAGCACAGCCAAGUGAAGUACCGCAACGAGGCAAUGAAACAAAAUCUCCAGUGCAACAACGAAAAGAUGAAAUUCUUAAGAAAUUGAAUGAGAAGAUACCACCAGAUCGUAAGAAAUGGAGUCAAAGUGAUGAGCCAGCUGCUGUUGGACCUGCACCUUUUGCUAAUAUGACGUUAGAGCAGACUGCAUCAGUUAUGGAAGCUACUGGUGCUGGUGACGUUGUUGUAAAGAAUCCUGAUAUGGGAGCUGUACUGGGAGGUGUAGAGGCUGCCGCUGCUCCUAUACCCGGACCUAGAAAGAAGUGGACAACACCGGGAUCUACAGUUGUUAAUGUUUUACAAAAAGCAGCUAUUUCGGAAACAAUUACAAUAGGGAAACAAGAAAUUGAUGCUGCCACGAAACCUGAAGAUAGGGCUCUGGGCGUGACAGUAGUGAAAGAUAAACCUGUCAUAGCCAGCAAACCCAUCAAUAAGGGUACUAUAGUCAUAGAGAAAUCACCAUCACCUGCCAAGGGACAAACCAUUGUAGUGAAAUCAACCAUUGUUGAAGAUGAAGCUGGUGAAGUUGAAGAGACGCUUGAAGUGCCGAAUGACAAGAAAAUGGACACAGAAGAUGUUCCUGCAACGAAAGACGCAUGGAGUAAAACAACUGAUAAGAAAGAUGAGGCAAAGACAGAAAAGGAUCAAAAGAAACUAGAUGAUAAACAGGGCGAGGACAAAGAUAAAAAAGAUGAUAAGGAAGAGAUGAGCAGUUCUCCCCUGAUGGACCAGGUGGAAUUGGAUGAUGUUGAUGAAGAUGAGGAGGUUAAUGAUGACAAUAAUCAACUUUAUCAAACAGCAAGUGCUGGUGUUGUACUAGGACUACAAACUGGAUUCUUUGAUGCUGAUGUCAAGCUACUGAGGACCUGUUCAGAACCAGAUCUUUGUAAAUUAUUCCGUACCAACAUCGCUCUAAAUCCAUUCUUUGAAGCUGAAAAACAAAAAAAUGACUUGGAUUUGGAAGAUAUUGAAGAUGAAGAUGAUGAGGAUGAGGAUGAUGCGGUUGAAGAGUCUGAAAAUGAUAUGAAGGAAGGAAAAAGCGCUGACGUUGAUGAAGACAAAGAAGAUGGUGGCGAGGAUGAAGAUGACAUGGAAAGUAUCAGAAAGUCAUAUCAGCAUCUAUUGGAAGAAGGAGAUGACGAUGAUGAAGAUGGUGUUGUCACUGAUAAUGGUACAGAGGAAUUAGAUUCUACAGAAGAGCUACAAACAUUUAUUAGGAAAUCUACAAAUAAAUCUAUGGAAGGUAGUGAUACACUGACUGCCAAUGGUAAAGACAAUGAGGCUCGAAAAGACAAUGAAGAUAGAAAAACUAGUGGUAUUGGGGAUAGCAUAGAAGAUGAUGAUGAUGUUGAUGAUGAUGAUGAUUUGGAAGGUGCUAUUGGUGGAGAUCCAGAAGUUGUGGCUAACUGGGAUUCAGGAUCAGGUGAAAGCGAUGAUGAAGAAAUGCAUUCAGAUGAUGAUAAUGAGAGUGUAUUCAGCAUGUUAGAAGAAUCUAGAGCUAGGUUGGAAACCGAAUUAGGGUGUGAUCAGUUCAUGAAGGCAUAUAAAUCAAUAGCGGCAAUACAUGAAGAUGAAGAUGAGAAUAUAGAGGAUGGAUUCAAAAUAGUUAGUGGUAUACUAGGAAGAGAAAAAGAAUAUUUAUAUCCUAAAAUAUUACAGUUGGUCAUGGCAGAUGGAGCUUUUAUUGAAGGUAACGAGUUAGUAUGCUAUGUUGAUGUUUAUAAGUAA